AUGCAGAAUUUAAGAGUAGUGAAAGUAUCCCAGGAAAAACCACUCUUCCAAGCUAUUAUACCUUAUCAUUUAUCUCUGAUCCAAAACGACGCCAUGGCCGUAAACGCGUUCCCCAACUUCCCCUAUGAGCAACGCCUCCACUUGAGUCCGCAGGAACUCGACCCCACUAAAUGUUGGGUGAUUGGCGCCGCGAUCUUCCAGAAUACCAAUUCGCAGGACCCAUCCCUCCUGCUACUAAAGCGAGCCCCCCACGAGAAAGCUUUCGCUAAUGCCUGGGAGCUUCCUGGCGGGCACGUCGAACUUACAGACAAAACUAUCGCUGACGCCGUUAAGCGUGAGGUCCGCGAGGAGACCUCCCAGGUCGUGGCGGAGUUCGUCGGCGAAAUCGAACCGAUAGCAUGGGAGUCUAGAACGAAAUCCAACUUCCAACUCAAUUAUGUGGUGACGGUUCGACUUGGGGAUGAAGUCAAGCUGAACCCCGACGAGCAUACGGCCUGCAUGUGGGCUCGGAAAGAACAAACAGUCUCGCUUUUUAUGACUAGUGAAAUGAGAAAGGUCGUUCGGAAUGCAUUCAAAUUUGCGGCUCAGGCUGCCUAG